GUUCCAAAAAAAAAAAAAAGAAGAGAGAGACUACUCUCUCUCUCUCUCUCUCUCUCUCUAAGCUCGUACGUGCUGCAUCCUUUGAGUAGAGGGUGCCUCGAAUUCGAUUACCCCAGCGAGAAACAGGAGCUUCAGGUGAUCUAUCUCACUUGCGUUCAAUUUCGGUGACUUGGGGUGUGGGUUUAACGUUGUUUACCGGAGAGGAAGCUUGUGUUAGUGUCGGUGUCACUUUUUGUCGGCGACGGAUUCUGAUUCGGAGCUUGUUUCCGAACGGAGUUUGAGACUUUUCCGGUGAUGCUCUGUGGGGCGGAGAAGGCGUAUUUUGAGUUGGCUGCAAGGCGGAGGGCGUUUCUCGGAAUCUGCACUGUGCACGAGAUGAUCGAUAAGCAAUGGGGUGAUGAGUUUCUUCCAUUUCUAGGAAACCAAGGGCCAAACCGAAGUUGCUCAUUGAUGGAAUCCGACAGAAAAGUGGAAAUGGAUGAUCCGGAGAAGGAAAUGGCUAUGGUUGCUCAGCUCUUUGAGCAACUACAUGCAAAAACAUCUUCCCCGCAAGACAAAGAAUUAACUACGGCUAGUCUACAAGGUAUUGCGAGAGGCAGAAGAGAGGGAAGAUCACUUAUUGGUUCUUAUGCCCAAGCCAUGCCCUUAUUCGUAUCCAUACUUAGAAGUGGGACACCUUUGUCAAAAGUACAUGUCGCUUCAACUCUUAGUGUUUUAUGUAAAGACAAAGACUUGCGACUGAAAGUGCUUCUAGGUGGAUGCAUCCCACCAUUACUCUCCAUUUUGAAGUCUGGAUCUAUUGAAGCCAGGAAAGCAGCAGCAGAGGCUAUAUAUGAGGUUUCAUCUGCUGGAAUUUCCAACGACCACAUUGGGAUGAAAAUAUUUAUCAUGGAAGGUGUAGUGCCGACUUUGUGGGAUCAACUUAGUCUGAAAACAAAGCAGGAUAAAGUGGUUGAAGGGUUUGUCACUGGAGCUUUGAGGAAUCUUUGUGGCGUUAACGAUGAUUAUUGGAGAGAGACACUUGAGAGUGGUGGGGUAGAUAUGGUUGUGACUCUUUUAUCCUGUGAUAAUCCUAGUUCACAGGCCAAUGCUGCUUCUCUACUGGCUCGUCUAGUACUAUCCUUCUGCGACUGCAUCUCGAGAGUAUUGAAUUCUGGAGCUGUCAAAGCGCUAAUUCAGCUUCUAGGUCACACAAAUGAUGUUUAUGUUCGUGCUAGUGCAGCUGAGGCAUUGGAAGCUAUUUCAUCGAGGUCCGAUGAGGCUAAGAAAUGUAUUAAAGAUGCAGGAGGAGUUCAUGCUCUGAUUGAAGCCACUGUUGCUCCUUCAAAAGAGUGCAUGCAAGGACAACACGGACAAUCUCUACAAGAAAAUGCGACUAGAGCAUUGACAAAUGUCUUUGGUGGAAUGCGUCAUUUAAUCUUAUAUCUUGGAGAAUUGUCUGAGUCCCGUCGUUUAGCCGAGUCAGUUGCUGAUAUAAUUGGAGCCCUUGCCUAUGCUCUUAUGAUUUUCAAACAAAGCCCGGAGAGUGAUGAUGAAACAUUCGAUCCAUUAGUGAUAGAGAACAUCUUGGUGAAGUUACUAAAGUCUUGUGGUACUAAGUUAAUCCAAGAGCGGAUCUUGGAGGCUAUGGCAAGCUUGUAUGGAAACAAUAGUCUAUCGAGUUACUUGAAUGAUGCAGAAGCCAAGAGAGUCCUCAUCACACUCAUAACUUUGGCUUCUGCUGAAGUACGGGAACAUCUAAUAACAUGCUUGUCUUGCUUAUGCCAUGAUAAAAUAGGGAUUUGGGAAGCUGUUGGAAAACGAGAAGGGAUUCAGUUGCUUAUAUCAUUCCUGGGCCUGUCUAGUGAGCAGCACCAAGAGUAUGCCGUUGAAAUGUUGGCAAUCUUGACAGAACAGGUCGAUGAUAGUAAAUGGGCUGUAACUGCAGCUGGUGGGAUUCCUCCACUGGUCCAGCUACUGGAGACUGGAUCUCAGAAGGCAAAGGAAGAUGCUGCUUGCAAUCUCUGGAAUCUGUGCUGUCACAGUGAGGACAUCCGUGACUGUGUUGAAAGAGCUGGGGGUGUUCCAGCAUUGUUGUGGCUUCUGAAGAAUGGUGGACCAAAAGCUCAAGAAAUUUCUGCAAAGACCCUUAUGAAACUUGUCCAUACAGCUGAACCUGCUACAAUUAAUCAGUUAUUGGCACUACUCCUUGGGGAGACUCCCACUUCCAAGGUUCAUGUUAUGAAGGUAUUGGGUCAUGUGUUAUCAAAAGCAUCACAAAAGGAUCUUGUUCAUGAAGGCUCUGCUGCUAACAAAGGACUGAGGACCCUGGUCCAGUCCCUAACAUCACCAAACGAGGAAACCAAGGAGCACACUGCUUCUGUUUUAGCUGAUCUGUUCAGCUCAAGACAAGAUAUCUGUGAUAAUCUUGCGACCGAUGACAUAAUUAGUCCCUGGAUCAAGCUCCUUACUAACAAUACUCAGAAUGUGGCAAAACAUGUGGCUCGGGCAUUGGGUGCACUCUCCCGCCCAGUGAAGAAAAACGUUAGUAGAAAGAAGUUUUAUAUUGCAGAAGGAGAUGUCAAGCCUCUUUUUAAGUUGGCAAAGCACUCUUCGAUUGAGUCUGCUGAAACUGCAGUUUCUGCCCUGGCAAAUCUUUUAUUCGAUCCAGGUAUCGCUGCAGAGGCACUGGCUGAAGAUGUUGUUUCAGCUUUCGCCAGAAUUUUGGCAGAUGGAACUUCAGAAGGUAAGAAGAAUGCAUCACGGGCUCUUCAUCAGUUACUAAGGUAUUUUCCAGUAUGUGAUGUGCUCAAAGGAAGUGCUCAAUGUCAUUUUGUUGUUCUCUCCCUUGUCGAUUUUCUGAAAUCAAUCAAUAUGGAUUCCAUGGAUGCUUUCAACAUAUUAGAAGUAGUUGCCUUCUUGGCAAGGACUAAGGAUGGGGUGGGUUUCUCUUAUCAGCCACGUUCUGCCAUUGCUGAAGUUCUGUCAAGCUUAGAGACUCUUGUACAGUGCCUUGCUGAAGGCCCUACCCUGGUGCAAGACAAGGCCAUAGAAAUACUAUCAAGGCUCUGCUCAGAUCGGCAAGCUGUGCUUAGUGAACUCUUGGUUAUAAGGUCAAAUUCGAUAUGUUCAUUGGCUGAUCGAAUAAUGAAUGCGUCCAGCUUAGCAGUGAGAGUUGGAGGGGCGAUCUUGCUCCUAUGUGCUGCAAAAGGACACAACCAACCAACAAUUGAGGCACUCAAUAAAUCUGGGUUUUCAAAACCUUUAUUAUAUGCCUUGGUAAAUAUGGUGAAGCAGAAUUUUAAUAGCUCUCCUUCAGAAGUUGAAGUUCAGACACAUAAUGGCUUUAUGGAAAAAAAUAUGCUCCAUGAGACAGGUGAUUUUUCUUUUUCUGAUCCAGCUAGAAUCUUGGGUGGUACAGUUGCCUUGUGGCUGCUAUGCAUACUCUCUUCAUCCGAUGCCAAGACAAAACUAAUUAUCAUGGAAGCUGGUGGACUUGAGGCUCUCUCUGAGAAGCUUGCUAGGUUUACUUCCAGUCCUCAGGCUGAAUUUGAGGAUACAGAAGGAAUUUGGAUUAGUACCUUGCUCCUGGCCAUCAUGUUUCGAGAUGAAAAUGUUCUCUUGUCUCCAACAACGAUGCGUAUCAUUCCAUCCCUUGUUCUUUUGCUUAGAUCUGACGAACUUAUGGAUAGAUACUUCACUGCCCAGGCAAUGGCUAGUCUUGUUUGUCACGAAAACAGAGGGAUUAAUCUGACAAUUGCAAAUUCGGGUGCGGUCUCUGGGAUAAUAAGCCUAAUUGGCUUUGUUGCAUCAGAAAUGCAAAACUUCAUUGCCUUAUCUGAAGAAUUUUCUCUGGAGAAAAAACCUGAUCAAGUCAUUCUUCAAUACCUCUUUGAAAUCAAAGAUGUAAGACUCGGUUCUACUGCACGAAAAUCUAUCCCACUGCUAGUAGAUCUCUUACGACCAAUUCCCGACAGGCCUGGAGCCCCUCAAUUUGCUGUUCAGAUCUUGACCCACAUUGCAGAUGGAAGUGAUGCUAAUCAAUUGUUAAUGGCUGAAUCUGGAGCUGUGGAAGCUUUAGCAAAAUACCUUUCUUUGAGCCCUCAAGAUUCUAUGGAGUUCACCAUAUCUGAAUUGUUGAAGAUACUAUUUAGCAAUCACGAGAUUAAACGAAAUGAAGCGGCCCUGAGUUCCUUGAAUCAGCUCAUAGCAGUUCUGCAUAUGGGGUCGAGAAGUGCAAGAUACAGUGCUGCUGGAGCUCUGAAUGAACUUUUUGAUGCAGAAAUCAUCAGAAAUUCUGAAUUAUCAUGGCAGGCUGUUCAACCAUUGAUGGACAUGCUGAGUACUGUAUCAGAGAAUGAACAAGAAGCAGCUCUCUCGGCUCUAAUCAAACUUACUUCGGAGAAAACUUGGAAUACAUCUCUUCUGACCGAUCUGGAAGGAAAUCUGCUGGAGAACAUGAACAAAAUCUUAUGUUCAGCUUCUGCUUCAGAGGCAUUAAAGAUAAAUGCUGCCAGGCUUUGUUCCGUUGUCUUCUCUAAUAAAAGCAACAGAACAAGUCCAUUCGCCAGUGAAUGUGUUAUACCACUUAUAUCACUUAUGCAGUCUGAUAGAAGUGAAGCAGUCGAAGCUGCAGUUUGUGCUUUCGAGAGAUUAUUGGAUGAUGAGCAACAGUUAGAGCUCAUGGCUGCUCAUAAUAAUAUCGUGAAUCUCUUGGUUGCCGUUGUUUCUGGGUCAAAUCAUGGGCUUAUCGAGACCAGCUUAUCAUCUCUGAUUAAGUUGGGGAAAGACCGAACACCACGGAAACUGGACAUGGUUAAAUCUGGAAUCAUUGAGAACUGUCUUAAGCUAUUACCAGGAGCGCCCAGUUCGUUAUGUGCGUCGAUUUCCGAGCUGUUUCGUGUUUUAACCAAUAGUGGUGCCAUUGCUAGAAGUUCGGAGGCCGUUAAAAUUGUAGAGCCUCUUUUCAAGGUUUUGCUUCGAUCGGAUUUGACCCUUUGGGGACAACACAGUGCCUUGCAAACUCUUGUAAAUAUCUUGGAAAGGCCUAACAGUCUUACAGCUUUUAAUCUUACGCCAAGUCAAGCCCUUGUGCCUUUGAUUUCAUUUCUGGAAUCUCCAUCUCAAGCAAUUCAACAGCUCGGGGCAGAACUGCUAAGUCAUUUCCUCUCAAUGGAAGAUUUCCAGCAAGACAUCACAACACAGAAUGCCGUCGUACCACUGGUGCAGCUUGCGGGAAUUGGAAUACAGACUCUGCAGCAAAACGCCAUCAAGGCAUUGGAGAGUAUCUCUGUUACAUGGCCUAAGGCUGUUCUUGAAGCUGGAGGUAUUUUCGAGCUCUCAAAGGUUAUUCUUCAGGAAGAUCCUCAACCACCUCUUCCAUUAUGGGAGUCAGCUUCUUUUGUGCUCUCCAAUAUUCUGCAAUCCGACUUAGAGUGCUAUUUCAGAGUUCCACUGGCUGUACUCGUAAAAAUGUUGUUCUCGACCAUAGAGAGCACUGUGACAGUGGCUCUUAAGGCAUUGAUGGUUUAUGAGAAGAACGAUGCUUCAAGUGCCGUACAAAUGGCUCAGCUUGGAGCAGUCGAUGCUUUGUUGGACCUGUUGAGAUCUCAUCAAUGCGAAGAAGCAACAGGAAGCUUACUCGAAUCGAUAUUCAACAAUCCAAGGGUACGGGAUUUGAAGAUGUGCAAAUAUGCAAUAGCCCCGAUAUCACAGUAUCUAUUGGACCCUCAUACAAGAUCAGAACCUGCAAGACUUCUUGCUGCUCUUGCCCUUGGGGACCUUUCCCAGCACGAAAGGCAUGCUAGAUCUAGUGGUUCUGUUUCCGCUUGUCGGGCUCUUAUUAGUGUACUGGAAGAGCAGCCAACCGAAGAAAUGAAAAUGGUGGCAAUCUGUGCUUUGCAGAAUUUCGUGAUGAACAGUAGAACAAAUAGGCGAGCAGUUGCAGAAGCUGGUGGAAUAUUGUUGAUCCAGGAGCUGUUGUUGUCAAGUAACACAGAAGUUUCAGGGCAAGCUGCAUUGAUGAUCAAAUUCUUAUUCUCCAACCAUACACUUCAAGAAUAUGUCUCGAAUGAGCUUAUCAGAUCAUUAACCGCUGCCCUCGAGAGAGGCUUGUGGUCUUCAGAAGCAACUAUAAAUGUAGAAGUCUUGAAAACCUUAAAUGUGAUCUUCUCCAACUUCCCGAAGCUCCGUGCCUCAGAAGCCGCCACUCUCUGUAUCCCUCAUUUGGUAGCAGCCCUCAAAUCGAGCGUCGAAGAUGUCCAGGAAUCUGUAUUGGAUAUUCUCUACUUGCUAAAACACUCGUGGCCGAAUAUGCCAAUUGAUGUUGCGAAAUCUCAAGCUAUGAUGGCGGCUGAAGCAAUUCCUGUUCUGCAAAUGCUGAUGAAGACAUGCCCUCCUAAGUUCCAUGACAAGGCGGAUAGCUUGUUGCAUUGCUUACCAGGUUGUCUGACUGUACAUGUAAAGCGAGCCAAUAACUUAAAGCAGUCCUUGGGAGCUACAAACGCCUUUUGUCGGUUAACCAUCGGAAACUGUCCCCCACGACAAACUAAGGUUGUGAAUCAUAGCAUCUCACCUGAAUGGAAAGAAGGAUUUACAUGGACAUUUGAUGUGCCUCCCAAAGGACAAAAGCUUUACAUUAUAUGCAAGAACAAAAGCACAUUUGGAAAGACGACAUUAGGACGUGUGACUAUCCAAAUAGACAAAGUUGUGACGGAGGGAGUGUACAGUGGAUCUCUAAGUUUGAAUCACGACAGCAACAAAGGUGCCUCUUCUAGGUCGCUCGAAAUCGAGAUUGAAUGGUCUUGUCGGACAUCUGAUGAUACCACUUGAGAAUACAAAAAAAAAACAGCUUUCUUCCAUCUCGAUUCCUCGAAGCAAUGCACUGUGACUCGAGUCACGGAUUAAUGCACAUCGGUACGAGACUCUGUGUUUAAUAUUUGCUCCUGAUAGUUGUGGCAGGAA